AUGUCUGGGCGGCCGAGGAAAGCUUGCAGCACAUAUACGCUGUACGGGCGAGAAGCCUACAUGCGGAGACCACAGCCAACGGCUCCGAACUUUGUCACGCACAAUAUCACACCAACACGUGUGAAUGCCGCCGUUCAAGGCAAAGGCACCUAUCUAGGAAUCCCGCGACUACUGAUUCCAGAGCUGGUAGAACUCUUCUUUGAAAAUGUCUGCAAUUCAACACUGCUGCUACACAGGAGUCGCUUCUUGACAUCUGUUCAAAGCGGAACAGUAGCUCCUCACACUCUUCUCAGCGUAUGUGCCUGGGGAGCACACUUCUACAAAGACAGCAAUGGGUCCGCAACAUUCAAGACGGGCGGCUUCGCGAUUGAAUGGGCUCAGCAGGCUGGAAAGUUGGCGUUCCAAGAAAUCGAGGACUUCAGCAAAGAUCUCGUGGUGACCUUGUUGAACUUGGCACUAUUCUGGCAUUGUCAGGGUUCAUGGAAAGUCAGCUCGCUGUACAAAGCCAACGCAUUCCACUUACUUUGCCUGCAUGGUAUCGGAUAUUCACAGCAACUAAAAUUGCAAACCUUCGAGGCAGAAGUCCUGCGUCGUCUUUUUUGGUCAUGGUACAUCAUGCAUUGCCACAGCACUGAACCUUCGGGUAUGCUGGACGCAGUCACGGAUUUGAUGAGCUUACCUUUGCCAUGGCCCGAAGCGGACUUCAGCCUCGGUGCGUUGACAUCGCCCACGACGACCUUGACCUCCAUUGAAGGAUCUACUUCAUUUUUUGCGGAAUUGUGCAAAAUCAUGAAACUCUGGUCACAAGCAGUUAAUCUCAUCAGGACCCCAGAGACGAACCUCUCUGCUGGCAGGGUUGCGGCUAUCCAGGCCUUGGACGAGAGGGUCACGUUCUGGUGGGGAAAUGUACCCACAAUCCAAAAACUUGAGCCAGAAUCUCUCGCCGACGUGCCUAGUUCAACACUCCCUCUUGUCCUGCUUAUGAAUUUACUUUAUCAUCAAACCCUUUGCGUGCUUCAUGCGGCGAUUGUGCCAUUGUUUUGCUGGACUGCUGGCGAUGAUGCGUGGUCAUCGACCAGACAAUGCUCUGCCCAAAUCGCAUAUGAGCAUGCAUGUACAGUUUCUGAUCUGAUCAGAGCAGCUCUAGCCUCGACCGCGAAGAUCCCUGCGAUGCCAACCUUUGUAGCCUACGCGGCUUAUGGUGGUUGUGCAAUCUUAAUGCCCUUCAUGUGGUGCUCAAAUCUCAAUCUUCGAUAUCAAGCACAAGCAAAUGUGCGAACAAACAUCCGGAUGAUACGUGGUAUGGCCGAGUACUGGAAGUUUGCAGAACUACUGACCGUUCAUGUGAAUUGCUUGUACAACAUUCACAAAAGAAACCCUCCCGCACUCGAUAACGAGCCCAAGUACAUUGAUGUUCGUGGACUUACAAGCUUUAAGAUUGAGGCUUUGUAUGCAAGAGUCUCAAUUCUUACAUUCCUAGGCAUACUCCAGAAAGGAUCAAGCAGUUUUCAGGAUCCUGGACAGGAGACCAUCGACCUUGGAAUCCAGCGAAGUUCCAGCGAAAUGAAUGACCCUGUUCACGAGACUAACGUUGAGUUGGGUGGUAAGCAACCUCAUGGCUUAAGAAGCCUCGAAAACUGA